AUGGAAAGAAGUAGACGCCCUGGCUGUGAUGCAUUUACUUUCACAGGAUUUAGAAAUUGGAAAAAAGUCAAUAAUGGAAAGAAUUGUGCCUUUUUGAAUCAUGUUGGAGAAGAUCCUUGCUCACCACACAACAAUGUUGUGAAAUAUUGUGAUGAUCUAUUGAAUGAAUCAGUGCAUAUAGAUAAAGUGAUGAAUGUGCAAAGUUCUGAACAAAUUCUAAAUAAUCGAUCGCGGGUGAAAACUUCUAUUGAUACUGUUCGGUGGCUCACCUUUCAAGGGUAUCCUUUUAGAGGUCAUGAUGAAACCCUUCAAUCAAAAAAUCGAGGAAAUUUCCUUGAGAUGAUUAGAAUUUUGGCAUCUUAUAAUGAUAAGAAGGAGAUUCUGCAUGUUAUUGCAAGUAAAGUGCAAAGUAAGAUUUGUGAAGACAUUGGGGAUUCCAAAUUUUGUAUUAUUGUUGAUGAGUCAUGUGAUGAGUCAAAGAGAGAGCAAUUGGCUCUUGUUUUGAGAUUUGUUGACAAUGAUGGCUUUAUACAAGAACACUUCUUUGAUCUUUCUCAUGUUAAAGACACUGCUGCAUUGACCCUGAAGAACGAAAUAUAUGUUAUUCUUUCUCAUCAUUGUCUUGACAUUCAAAAUAUUCGUGGACAAGGAUAUGACAGUGCUAGCAACAUGUGUGGUGAAUGGAAAGGAUUGCAAGCCUUAGUUCUUAAUGAUUGUCCUUAUGCAUACUAUGUGCAUUGCUUUGCUCGUCGGUUACAAUUAGCAUUAGUUGCUGCAUCAAGAGAGGUAAUCUCUAUCCAUGAAUUCUUCUUGAAUUUAAAUUUCAUUAUCACUACAGUUGGUUCUUCAUGUAAACGUAAUGAUGAAUUAAGAGCUGCUCAAGCUGCAGAAAUUGCUAGAAUGUUAGCUAUUGAUGAACUUGAAACAAGAACAGGAGCAAACAAAAUUGGGACUCUAAAACGGGCUGGAGAUUCUCGUUGGGGGUCUCAUUUUAAUUCUAUUUGUAGCCUAAUGAGGAUGUUUGGUCCAACUUGUUUGGUGCUUGAAAAUAUAAAGGAAGACGGGUCCACCUACUUGCAACGUGGAGAUGCAAAUAAAUCUCGAGACAUCUCAAAUGCCCAAAAUUUAGUUUCAACAACAAAGGCACUCAUCCAAAAUUUAAGAGUAGAUGGCUGGGAUAAUUUUCUUGAGAAUGUCAUAGGAUUCUCCAAAAUAUUUGAAAUUGAUAUUCCAAAUCUAAGUGCUCAAUAUGUUGAAGGUAGAAGUCGUAAGAAAAGGGAUCAUGUUACAGUGGAGCAUCAUUAUCAUUUUGAAAUAUUUAAUGCUACAAUAGAUGUUCAAUUGCAAGAGCUUGACAAUAGGUUUGGUGAACAACCAAUAGAACUCUUGACACUUUGCUUUGCUUUGGAUCCAAAUGAUGCUUACAAAUCCUUUAAUGUGGAUGAUAUAUGUCGUCUUGUUGAGAAAUAUUAUCCUCUUGAUUUUUCUAAGUGUGAUAGGACUGGUUUGAAAAUUCAAUUGAAGCUAUUUGAGCAUGAUGUGCAAAAUCAUUUGAAGUUUCAGAAUUUGUCAUCUAUGGCAGAAUUAUGUCGAAGGUUAGUAGAGACAGAAAAGUCACAGGUAUAUCCUCUUAUUGAUCAAUUGAUUCACCUUGUUUUGACUCUUCCAGUGUCCACAGCAACUACUGAGUGA